ACCUGGUCUUUGAGUUGGCAGUGUGCGGUUUUCUUACACAUCCAGACAGCUUUUAUAAACCCUAAUCUACUUCAUUCAUCGGUUAUAAUCUCAACAAACUAGGAUUUUAAAGAUGACCAUCACAAUCUAUUUCACCAGUGUUAGUGGCUCUAGAGAGGUGAAGCAACAGCAGACUCAGAUUUUUGAUUACCUGGAUGCUAAGCAGAUCAAGUACUUCACUGUCGACAUUUCACAGAGUCCAGAAAACAAAGAGCAGAUGAGAAAGAAAGUGGGAAACCCAACAGCGAUGCCCCCUCAGGUCUUUAAUGGAGACAAAUAUUGCGGGGACUUUCAGAAGUUCUUCCAGGCAAUUGAAGAUGAGAAGCCAGAAGCAUUUUUCAAACUUUGAGUUUGAACCGGGACUCCUCAUUUCUCAAAUGCUUGUAUUUUUAGGUGGAAUGUAAAAAAACAUAUUGCUCAGCAUUAAAUUAAUAAAGAUUGUCUAUUAAAGGGGACAUACCAUG